AUUUCCAGGCAAACGUCAAAACGGCACCGUCUCUUUCGCUUCGUCUCUUCUUCCUCUUGAGUCCUGAAGGCUGAACUCACUCAGAAAGCAUCAAAUUUCAGUGGCUCAGAGGAACUCAGAACUCGAAGAGCGAGAAUGACUAAGAGGCCACCGCCUGAUCCCGUGGCGGUGCUCAGGGGCCAUCGCGCUUCUGUCAUGGACGCUUCUUUUCAUCCUUCUAAACCUUUACUCUUCACCGGUUCUGCGGAUGGUGAGUUGCGAAUAUGGGACACGGUCCAGCACCGGACAAUAUCAUCUGCAUGGGUGCAUAGUGCGGCGCACGGGAUUAUUUGUGUUGCUAGUAGUCCUUUGAUAGGAAGCAACAGAGUUAUAAGCCAGGGUAGGGAUGGAACGGUGAAGUGUUGGGAUAUUGAAGAUGGCGGACUGUCCCGAAAUCCUUCCCUUACAAUCAAGACAAACGCUUAUCACUUUUGCAAGCUUUCCGUGGUGAAGAAGCCUUCUGCUUGUGAACCACAAGCUGAAGGGCCUAAUUAUCAUCAUGAGAUGGAGGUUAGGGAAACUGUUGACUCAGAAAGUCUGGCCGAUAGCAGGGAAAAGGCUGAAGGAAGUCUAGCAGAGUGUUCCAACGCUGUUAGAGAAGUUACACAUACAGAAGGACCAAAGUAUGUGGCUAUAGCAGGAGAGCAAUCACAUGAGGUUGAAAUUUGGGAUCUCAAUACUGCAGAAAGGUUUGCGCGGUUAACUCAAAAGUCAGUUGGUGGCUCCCCAAACGUUUCUACCAGUGAGAGAGGGAUGUGCAUGGCGGUUCAAGCAUAUUUACCAUCUGAAUCACAGGGAUUCUUAAAUGUCUUGGCUGGUUAUGAAGAUGGUUCCAUGCUUUGGUGGGAUAUACGACAUCCGGGAAUUCCUGUAACUUCUGUAAAGUUUCAUUCUGAGCCAGUUCUAAGCAUAUCCAUUGAUGAGUCAUGUAGUGGGGGUAUCACAGGAGCUGCAGAUGACAAAAUCGUGAUGUAUAGUUUGGAUCACUCCAUGGGCUCUUGUGUGGUCAAGAAAGAAAUUAGUUUGGAAAGACCUGGUAUAGCAGGCACCUCAAUUCGACCAGAUGGCAAAAUUGCUGCUACUGCUGGUUGGGAUCACAGAGUUGUGGUGAGUGAAGGGGUUACCCUUGUGAAGUUGUCUUCAUUCUCAUUUCGAUGGGUCAUGCUAGUGUAUCAGAGUAAGGAUAUAUAAUUACCGCAAAGGAAAUGCUCUGGCAAUAUUGAAAUAUCACCAUGCUACGUGUAACGCUGUUUCAUACUCAACUGAUUGUAAGCUAAUGGCUUCUGCAUCAGAAGACAGGACUGUUGCUCUGUGGGAACUUUAUCCUCCUCAAACUUUAUAAAAUUACUGGUCUUUACGUGAUAAAGAGAUUUGUACGGGUCCAGCUAGUUGCCAGAGUUCUGAGUCGCUGACCUCACUCGAUGCUCUAUUGUAAUGGUAAUGUUAGGUGAAGACAUUAAAUUUUUGUUUUUCAUUUAUUUAUGAGGGCAUUAAGUCUUUGUGCUUAAUUGAUGUGAAACGACAUUGAGUAGACAAAAAAAAUUGAUGUGAAACGACAUUGGAUACUUUCAUAACUUGAUGGUCUUCAAGUGAGCUCA